GAUUCAUUAAUUAAUUUCCGCGAUCUCUGCUAUCUGCUUGUCUGGAUCGAAAUCGGAAGAGUUUAAUGUUACAUGUAAUUGUCAGAUAUUGCAGCUUGAUAUAAUCAUCUCCAGCGUUCACUCAAAGCACAAUGUAUUUCAUUAUGUGAGGAGGCAGUGGUCGACUUCUGCUUUUCUGUGAAAAGGGAGACCCUCCUUCAUAUCGUGAAUGCGUCUCUGGCUAGGAUGGAAGGCACUCCAGAUGCAGGGUCAAAGAUCAAAGAUGAGAGGUCAGACGAAGAUGAGAUCACGAUAGUUGAAGAUGCAGAUGAAGCACAGGAGAAUGGAAGUGGAAAGACAAGCGAGGGUGCCUUAGCUAAGAAGAAGGAUGCUGUACUAGACCAGGACGGGAGCCAGAGUUCUAAUGUCUUUGAGUACAAUAUGCAGUCUGUCCUACAUGUAGAUGAAGAUAUGUCUCCAAUAGAAUCCAGACAAGACUCUCAUGGCACCAAUGUAGACUCAGAUUUCCAGGCAUCCAUGGACCAGGGCCUGGACCAAGGGGGUUGGUCCUGGAACAAGGAAUCAGAGAUCAUCCAACCAGAUAUGAGUGGCACCCCCCGUAACUUCUAUUUCGAGUGUGAAAUCUGUCACAAACGGCUGUCCUGUAAGUCUAAUCUAGGUCGCCAUAUGAAGGAGCAGCACAGCACCGUGAAGCAUGCCUACUCUUGCCUCCAGUGCUUGGCGGAGUUCAGACGAAGGUGCGACCUGAAGGCUCAUUAUGCGAAGCGCCACCCGGACGAUCUCUAUGAGGCCGACACUAUCCCCUACCAAGCCUCCAGAUUUGCUACUUGCUUUACAGAUCAGCAGUCUCCUGCAGACUUCCAGGAAAUGAUCCAAGUACAAAGACAGGAUCAAGAGAACUUGCAGUCAUCUAUGAUUGUUGUGACACCGAAUGUCAAUCCUUUUGACCAUCAUGCUUCAAUAACCAGUCAAGAUACGUUCACACAGGAUAUAAGACCACCAAACUCAGAAACCGACUUCUUGUACCAAGCGCGAAGAAGUCAAGCUUGUUUAGACAGUGGAGCGGUCCAGAGAACUCCUGAUCCUGCUGUGUUAGGAAUAGACAAUGCUAUGACUAGACUUGGAAGAAGUGCGACUCAGGGUCAGAGGAAUAGUGGCUUUUCAAUUUGCAAUAGUCCAGUCAACCAAAUGGCUACCACUGUCGUCUCUGACAGACCAUCACCAAGACAAAUAGGUGGCAAAAAUACUGAAAGUGGUGCAGGACAUGUGCAAGUGCCACCUGGUAAAAGACAUUGCUCUGACAGCACUCAAAGUGCAGUUCCAUCUGAGACUCAUGUCCAAAUUGUCAAUGUGGUCGGUGCAGGUGACCUAGAAGGUAGACAUGGCCAUAAUACAGGCAAUGAUCGUGAGGGUAAAAGGAAUAACACUGGUCAAGGAGCACUAUUACAAGUACUGGAGCACAGGUUUCCACAUGACAUGCCACAGUGUCCAGAACUUGUUGAUCAACCUAGAACAUCAAAUAUUAAAGCACAAAACAAACGGAAUACACCUGCGAUGCUUAAUACUGUUAAUAAGAAUUUAAGCAUAGGUUCACAAAAUAAAGGAGAUGAUAGUGUGAAUGAUAUACGUUCUGAAAAUUGGAAUAGAAAAUGCUCUCUUAGAAAAAAUGAUAUUCCCUCUACCCUGAAGCAGAAACAUGGCAAGAGAUUAAAAAGAGGUCGAUACCAAAUUGAUGUUAAUGAUCAGCAUCAUAGAAUGCUACUGGGUACUAUAUCCAAGUCAAGAACUUUACGCAAGAAAAGGAAUUUGUAUGUGAAAUGUAAGCAAUAUGUGGCUGCUUAUGAGAAAAGAAAGCACAAUGCAUCAGAAGAGAGUUGUACUUCAAUGCAGACACCUGCAGCUGUGCAGACAAUGUUGAUGACACAAGGAACGAAAUCUGCAGUUCUUGGUAGUCCCUCAAAUUUGUCUUCUGAUAGUCGGUGUAAUGUCUCUCAGGUACGACAGACCACCAGGACCAGAGGAACUGCAAUGGAUACUACUAACGAAAACACUGCAGAUGAAAGCAAACAGGAAACUUGUGCAACACAAACUGACCUGUCAUUGGACAAUGAUCAGAGAGAAUGGACAGAUACAACUCAUCGUGAGACGAAAAGGCAACAGAGAGUCGCAGGUCGCUGCCCUGAAACUGCCUCUUCUUCUGAAACUUCACUUCCUGUCUUGCUGGACUAUUUUGGUCCUCGGCUGACUGAAUAUGAGGAACGUUCUAUCGUUGAAGACUUUGGAGCAGAUGGAACGCUGACCCAGCGUACAACUACAGAAAGAAAGUACAAACUGGAGCCAGGGGAAGGAAGGUCUAUUGUCAAAACUGAAAUAGGAUGAGGCACCUUGUUACAAAGUGUAAGGGCGAAGUGUAGCCAUAUUCUUAGAAAAUAUACCAACAUGUGAAUCCUUUGAGCUCUUGUUUGCAUUGACUCAAAGUAAAACCAGACUAAGCACCGUUCUCACACAAACAUUUUUCUUCUUCUCUGUUUCAAGGUUCCACAUGGCUCAAGAGAGAUUGUGCCAGCAUCGAAAGGAUCGGCCAAAGUGCGUAGGUUCCAAUGUGGCAUCUGCGGGACCAACUUCACUCUCCUCAAGAACGCCAAGAGACACUAUCGAUGUCAGCACCUGAAUUACUUCUACUGGUGCAAGUAUUGUCCCAGGGGAAAGGAGACGAGGAGGUACACACGAAGAGAGUUCCUUGAGGACCAUUUCCUUUCUUAUCAUCCAGAUAUUAUGUGCGAAGUUGAGGAAGUGGGUAAAUCUUGUCCCACUGAUGAAUAUAAUAUCAUAUGCGUAGACAUCUAUGAAGAUGAGGUUGAAGAAGAUGAUGUAGGUGUCGAUGUAGUCACGACAACAGAUACUAUACCCCGAGGAACAUCUACACUUGAACAAGCUUCUUCUAGAGGGGUAUUCGAAGGUUCAGUUCUCUUGCAUAAUGCAGAGCAGAGAGAUAAUGUGAGAUCCGAGACAGAUACUAGAGGCAACUAUAUAAAUCUUGCCGAUUACCAUGGCUUCGCAAAUGAUUCACAUCAUUCAAAUGGUUCAGGGGCAGUUGCUGCAGGUUCUUCUCAGAAGCGAAUGCAAGGGACGUCCCUGGUGAACCAACAGAGUAACAAAGUAAGAAGGGUUGAGAAUGAGAGAAAUAUCAAUGUAGACUGUGAUAUGCCAUAUCCUGAAGGAGUACUUCAUGAGCGAGAUAUUUCACAAGGAGCCAAUAGGUGGGUGUCUCCCGUUGGUCAGAGUCACCAGUCUCAGGUGAAUUUAAGCGUUCCAAAUCAAAGUGCCUCGACUAGUUCAAGGAGUCUCGGUCAGUUUCCCAGGCAAGAUGGAUCUUAUGUUAGCCAUCCAAUGCUCCAUGCGCAAUCUGCAAACACUCAUGAUUGCCUCGUCAUUGGCAGUGCAAUCACACCAUUGGAAAAAGACACUUUGACACCUUCCCCUCCAUCAGUCCGACCUUCUAGCAAGCAUACAUCUCCUCAAAUACCCAGUUCCAGUACGCGGCCACCUUCAGGCCAGUCUGUAAUGCAGAACAUGCAACAACCAAAGAGAAAGAACCACCUCUUGCCUAAUCAACGCCAGCUUACCAGUUUAGGACCUGAAGCAGGAAGAACCAUGAAUGAAGAUGGGAAUGUUGUAAUUUCGAGUAGUGAUGCAUCAUGGCGCAAGCAGCAGAGAGAGGCAUCACAAAGACGGCAACGCUCCAAGGAAGUUGUUGUCAUCGAAGGAGAUGCCCCUGUCACAACUGCUCUCUCCUGCAAAGAAAUCUUUGAGAAAUACCAUGAUAGCAUCGGCAAGUACAGCAAGGAGAUCGAUUUCAAGUAUGACUCGAGCGGGCGAGUGGUUAGACGAAAAGUUAUCAAACACACGUUUGUUUUUAGCAACUCGCAGAUGCCGGUAUCACUAGCAGAAUCAAAAGAAACUCGAGCGGGAGAUAGAAGUGCCUCUAGGUAAGAGGAUAGAAGCUAAGAGGUGCAAGAAAAUGAAACUUUGCCAGUUAUGCUUGAUGUGAUUACAAUUAUGAAUUUACAAUUUUGUAUCAUCAGGACAACAACAGAUUUGUGCCUCAGAUAUAAAAGGGAAACAGAAAAGGAGAAUUAGGGAUCGGAUUACAGGGUGCUAAACAAAUCCACUAAGUGCUUGCUUGCUUAGUGUAACUCUCAAAAGACAAUAAAAAUUAAAUGUGGGCCUCUCUAAAUUGAUUGAAAUUAGUUCAUACUAAGUCUAUACAUUUUGCACCUUUUAUAGCAUUUUUUUUUAUAGGGCAAUGAUGACAGACAAAUCUAGUUUAUACUUUGAUUGAUUGCUACUCUGCUUAAUGCCAUUCCGUCUGGUGCUUAUUUGAUCUCGUUGCAUGUGGUUUAAUUCUUUUUUUUUUGUCUGUAAAACGUUUUUGUCAACAAGUAUAACUCUAAAUUCAUUGGAAUCACCACAUUGCAAAUUCAACCAUUGUCUACCAAAUUCUUGAAAACCCAAAGGUUUUUUUUUAUAGAGAUUAAUUGGUUUCAGAAAGCAAUUGCUUCAAAAUCUUUAUUUUCCUUCAUUUACAUUUCUAGUUUAUGUACCAGUUGGUGUUGCCCUCUUCAUGUAUUGCAAACUUGAUCUAAGACAACAACACAACUUCCUCUUUGUAAUUGUAGAUAAACACGAUACCAAAUUAUUGUUAAGCAACUUUCGGAGAAUUAAAUGUGUCAAUUUGACUGUAUGAUCAUGAGAUGCAUCAUUAUUGCAACAAAUGAUUGAAGUUUGAACCAAAGGGAAAUAAGUAAGAAGAAUUGGUUUACCCAUAAUGGUGUUAGACAAUAUUGGAAUAGAUCAACUAAUAUAUGAUCAAGAGACUCAACCUGGGGCACAUCCAGGGUCCCUUUGCAUAACUUUGCCAUGCAAUGGUAACUUGUAUGGAAUCCUUGAUUCUGAUUGGCUGUUGGUCAGUGUUACUAUGGUUUUUGUAAUUGAAUGGCAAAGUUACCAUAAUGGUUUUUGCCAUUGGAUGGCAAAGUUACCAUAAUAGUAACUUUAUGCAACAGAUCCCUCGAGUAGUAGACCAUACCUUGGUAAAAUGUAAUUUUCCGUAAAGUAGCAAAAUAUGUGACUCUCAUUUGCACAGAUACCAAUGCCAAUGCAGUAGCAUGAUUGUUAACCAGUCGUGUUGUAUCUUGUAGCAAGAUUGUUUUUCUAUGAUUUUUGUCCCUGGAAAAUGAGAAAAAAAAAUUGUGAAAUAUGAGAACAUCAACAACUCAUAUUUUGUUAUUAAUAUUAGAUGUCAUGACAUGGCUUUAUAAUUGUAAUAUCACAAUAUAUGUACAUGUAGUUAUACAGUGCGUCCCAGAAAAAUGGAAAUCGGGAUUCUCAUGUCUUCUUUCUUCAAAGACAAAUGAAUUAUGAUAUUUACAUCAUCAUGCAAUUCAAUUAUUCCUCUAUAUUAUGUUGAAUUGAUACCUAAUAUGAGACAAACACUUCAAGCAUUAAUGAGAAAGAGGAGUUUGAAAACAUAAUGUCAAAAUCAGGUUGCCCAUGAAAAUUGAAGAUUUGUUCGUGAUACGACGACCGUGCUUAUUCGAUGAUUGGCUCAUUAGCAUUCUCUCUCUGAUCCUUGAAAUCAGAGUGGAUUCAGAUUCACGUGAGUUUCUGCGCAAAUUGUUACAGAUAUGCCUCAAUAUUUAUUGUUUGUAAUCUGCCAUGGUUGAAUUAUUUGCUAAGCUGUUGGUCUCAAAUUAAAGAUGAGAUUCCACUCUUGCCAUGAGUAUCAAAUUUAUAGUAAAAACAUUUAAUUGUGAAAUGUAUCUCUGAAUAGGUUUCCUUUUUUGUAGGACGCACUGUAUCAUGGUGAUGAAAUUUAUAGUAAGGGCUGUGCAACUUAAAAUUUUCUGGAAAAGGCAUUGUGUUAGAUUGUUUAAUACCAUCCCAUACAGCAUCAAUGAAUAAUGUUGCCUACCAAAUUGAUUAGCAUUCAUUGUCAUAAAAGAUAAGUUCUCAACUAAGUUCUGUUCAGUCCAGUACACAAAGGACUUUUUGUGUAACAGUCUUUUAAAUUGUGGAGCAAAUUGCUAUGUUAUACCAGGAGAACUAUUCCCUGCAACAUGUAAAUGUCAUUCAUGACUAUUGGAGUGUUCUAAGUAUUUCAGUAUUUUGAAUAUUGUCGUAAUCGUAAGUAUUUUUGUCCUUAAAAACAAGGUAUUGUAUGGUGUACUUAUUUGCACUUGAGCAGGCAUGCUUCUUGAAUGAGAUAUGUGUAAAAUACUGCACAGUUUUAUGUGCAUGCAAUGUGCCUUAAAUGUACGGUUUCAGUUUUUGCAACUGAGAAUGAUUUGUUACAAUCAUGUGUAUAUCUACAUGUAUGUAUUGCAAUGUGGGUUUGCAGGGCAUUAGAAAAAAAAUCAAAAUAAGUAUCAUAAUUCAAGAUUUUCCUUGGCCAUAUUUGUGCAAUAUGGAGUAAUGUCCAGGGGAGUGUACACAGUCCAUAAGGUAGUCGAUUACUUUGAAGCAGUGCCAAUGUGCAUAAACUUCAUAUAUUUUCUGCAAAAUAACCAAUACCAUGGGCUUCAGCCUCCCCCCUCUUUUUUUCAGUAAUCAUGCACAAAAAUGUGAAAAUAAUAAAAUCCCUACCCCCCUUCAAAUCUGUUCUGUGGCCCCUGAAUACGAUGAUGCAUUUCAUAUUAAUAACAUUGCAACUGGGAAUUGUCUGAUUUUAUUAAAGUCAUAUAUAUUUUUUUUGUGACCCCCCCCCCCCCCCGGGAAGAUUAUGAGUCCAACAAGUGGAGAAUAAUCUAAGUUUUGCAACUCUUUUAGAAAUGUAAGCGUGUUUAAGGAAGCACAAAGAGAAGAAAUAGAACUAUGAAAAUAUCGCAUCACAUAUGAAAUACAGUAAAUUCUGCAAAAUCAACCUUCUAUUAUUUAAGUCAAAUAAUUGCCCAAAUCAAAGCGUUUUACAUUAUUUACCUUUAGUAAGUUGAAUUUCUUCAUAUUAGUCAAACAGAUCUGUGGUUCCAAGAGAUGUGACUUUUUUUCUUUUAUUGGUUGUGAAACUUUUUUGGGGGGCAAGUCCAGUGCCCCCCCCCCCCCCACGCACAAAACAUGUACUGUAUGCUAGUGCCACCAUUCCAAUUUAUUUCUAGAUUAUUUAUGUCCUAAAACAGCUUGUGGUUCAAGAGAUUGAACUUGAGGCAGACUUGGCAUGUAUCAUGCCUAGUCCAAAUCUUGAAAACAAGCAUGACUGUUGUGUGAUAAAAUGAAAUAAAAUUACCUUUUCGGUUGAUACAAACCCUGAAACUCUCUAAAAGGACCCAUUGCAUAAAACUUCUUAUAAUAACAAAUUUGCAAUGACAGUUUAAAUCUAUUGAAAUCAUUCAUUUUGAUUGGCUGAUACUAGAGUUGUUAGAGAAACUGUGCAUUUGUUAUUAAAACAAAGUCUUUAUUACACAGGAUGUUUUUUUUUAUUUUUUAUUUACUGCUGUCUAUGAAUAUAAGAUAAUUGCCUUUUUCUUUUUUACAUAUAUGUGUAAUUUCAUGCAUGUGUAAUUACAUGUAUGUGUAAUUACAUGUAUUUGUAAUUACACAUAUGUGUAAUUACAUGUAUGUGUAAUACAUAUAUGUCUAAAUACAUGUAUGUGUAAAAUUUACAUAUAUGUGGAAUUACAUGUAUGGUAUGUGUAAUUUAUAUUAUUGGACAAUGCAGAGCAUGCUUUAUUUUUACAGUCACUUGUCUAUGAACAAAUUUUCCUCCUAUUAAAAACUGAAAAAUAUAAA